UUAAAACUCAUAUAUAUACACAUACACAGAUAUGUCCUAAUUAAGACACACACACACACACACAGUUCUGUUUCAUUGUUUUCUUCGACAAGCAUGUCUAAAUACUACGCAAAGAAACAAACCCUCAUGAAAUCAAAAGAAAUCAACAGUGAAAAGCAGAAGCAAAGCAACAAUUUCUUCUCCAAAAACCUCAAAAAAAUCUAUCCCAUUGGCCUUCAAAAAAGAAGCCAUUGCUCCCCCAUCUCAUUAUCUUCCUUGUCGCUCUCGCUUUCGCAGAACUCAACCGAUGAUUCUUCCCCGACCGACUCAGCCUCUCCCCCACCGUUGGAGGAGAAGAUCUUGUCCGCACUGCACUUGCUUUCCCCCAUCCAAUCACCGCCCCCGCCCCACGACGAUGAAGAGCCGAGGCGGUGCAGCUGGAUCACCAAAAACAGUGACAGCGUUUACGUCCAAUUUCACGACGAAUGCUGGGGAGUUCCAGUUUACGAUGACAAUAAGCUUUUUGAGCUUCUUGCAAUGUGUGGACUCCUCAUGGACUUGAACUGGACCGAAAUCCUUAAAAGAAGACAGCUUUUAAGGGAAGCUUUUAGUGGUUUUGAUCCUUACAGAGUGAGCAAAAUGGGGGAAAAAGAGAUCAACGCCAUAAUCUCAAACAAAGACGUGGCUUUAGCGGAAAGGAGAGUUAGGUGCAUAGUUGACAACGCAAAAUGCAUUACAAAGAUUGCUAGAGAAUGUGGGUCAUUUAGUUGCUACAUGUGGGAGUACGUGAGCUACAAACCGGUGAUCAACAAGUUUCGGCACUCAAGAAACGUGCCGCUGAGGAGCCCCAAGGCGGAGAUCAUAAGCAAGGAUCUGGUGACACGUGGAUUCCGGUACGUGGGGCCCGUCAUCGUCUACUCCUUUAUGCAGGCGGCCGGGAUGACCGUUGAUCAUCUCCUUCAUUGCUAUAGAUAUGGGGACUGCGUUGAUCUUGCGGAGAGGCCAUGGAGACAUUUCUAAUAUAUCCUAUUUAAUCAACAACUUUAAUUAAUAAUAUUCAUAAUUUAAAUAAAUAUUGUUUGAGGAGAGGUGUGGCUGUCUCAGUUUUUUUAGCUGGACAGAAGUGUGAUCAUUUGUGUUUUUUUAAUUAUUUCAUUUCAUUUUAUUAAUAUCUAAUUAAUGUUAGUAUUUGAGUUUAUUUUUUGUGAGUAUGAGCAUUGUAUUUAGUUGGUGAAAUGUUAUAGUAUUUUCCAAGGAAAGUAAAAUUUUCGAUUUCAUUGCCA